UAAAGACAAUUGAAGACAAUUUUAGAUAACAAUUGACAAUCAGUGAACAAAUAGUGAACAACAACAACAGUGAAAAUUUAUUUAGUGAUUUUACGUGUAACAUUAGGAAUAAACUACUAACAAUAUGAAUCCAAUGAUAAUCAAGUUUCUUUUUGUGAUAUUAUCACUCAAUUUGGUCACAAAAGUUGCCUGCCAAGGUGAAGGAGAUCUUGGCGGUCUCGAUGGCUUAGGUGAUCUCGGUGGACUUGGAGGUGACGGAGAACUCGGUGGCCAAGGAGGCCAGGGUGAUUUAGGAGGUCUUGGUGGUCUUGGAGGUGAUGGUGGUGGAUUCGGCGGAGGCUCUGGAAAUGGCGGAGGCUAUGGUGGAAACUUUGAUAACUCUAAUGGAGGGUUUGGAGGCCUAGGUGGUAACCAAGGCGGUGGUUUCGGAGGUUUAGGUGGAAAUCAAGGUGGAUAUGGUGGACAAGGUCAACAGGGUCAACAAGGCUUAGGAGGUUUAGGAGGUUUAGUCAAUGGCUUAGGUGGUCUUGGUAACCUUUUGGGUCUCGGUGGAUUAGGUGGACGAGGUGGUGCUCCUGGUGGUCUUGGCGGAUUAGGUGGAUUAGGUAAUCUUGGUGGUCUUGGUCGUCAAGGCUAUGGAGGACAAGGUGGACAAGGACAAGGACUCGGUGGUCUUGGAGGCUUAGGAGGCUUAGGUAAUUUAGCUGGUCUUGGUGGACAAGGCUUAGGUGGACAAGGAGGACAAGGUCUUGGAGGUCUCGGAGGUCUUGGUGGCGGACAAGGCUUGGGUGGACUUGGAGGUGGACAAGGAUUAGGAGGACUCGGUGGUGGACAAGGCUUAGGUGGUCUUGGCGGAGGACAAGGUCUUGGUGGUCAACAAGGUGGUUUAGGUAAUUUAGGAGGUCUUGGUCUUGGUAAUCUUGGAUUAAGAAGGAAAAAGUAAUUUAAUUAACAAUUCAUUAUCAAUCUAAUUAAUUAUCAUUUACAAGGAUGUUGAUAAUAAUGAUGUGAAUUUGUUAAUAUGAAAAAAAAGCAAAGCAGAAAGAGUUAUGAGAAUGUAAUUUUGGAAUUGAUUAUAAACGGAAAUUCAUUUCUACUAUGCAAAACUAUUUUUCCGCUUUCGGGUUACUCAAGUUUGUCCAUCAAAGUAUUUCAAGUGGAACCCCGAGAUAAAAAACAAUUUUUUAAUUGGUGCCACCGACGGAAAAUAAGGUCAAAUCUGUAUAUGCUCCACUGAUCAUCCGAUUUUUGUAACAAAACAUUUUCUCUUUCCUAAUAUCUUCAUCCUUUCUCCAUCCUCACCUGCACUUGUUAAUAUUUUAUCCAACCACAACAAUUUUUUGAUUGUUGCUAACCUGAAACAAUUUACCCAGGGCCAAAUGAAUUAACUCGAUCCUAAUCUUGCUUUUCCCUUUCCACUUUCAUUUCAAUAAUGUGAUUAUUAUGGAUUGCUUUCUAUCAUGUAGUUACAAUUUUCGCGUAUUAUUUGUCUUCCAUUUAUCUUUCCAUUUGCAUAUUUAUGCUAAACUGUAUUUAUCAUGUUCAUAAUUAAGGUAUUACAAUCGCUUCUGUUCAAAAAGUAAGACAAUUGGUCAAUUGGUCUGUAAAUUGAAAUUGAAAUUCAUAUUCUUCUAACCUGUUGAUGGAAAAACUUUUCAUCCAGAUUUGAUUAAAAGACUUCAAUCAAACUACUUUUCUCUCUCUCUCUUCAACUUUUCGAUCCAAUUGCCUGUUAUAUUCUUGAGUAAUUUGUAAUAAUAACUAUUGUAAUUAAAAUAAACUUUUGAGACAAUCAA